UAAAAAAAACAAAACAAAACACGAGCACAAACCUACCUUUCAUUAGUUAAAUCCUUGAGCGGUGCAGUAUCACACAGAUUCUGUGUCCGUAGUCUUAGCAGGAAGAUUGGGAAUUUGGCAUAAACCAUGCCACUGUUUCCGUGAACCCAAGUUACUUUUUCCCAGAUUACUCUGGUUUUGUUUGGUGUGCCACCAGAAGUCGCUGUGUGGUUCUUUGCUUUGUGUACAUGAGCACAUCUCUUGCCCAAAUAGAAUUCAGUUUCAUCCCAGGCAUAAAUGCUGAAAUUUUAAGAAGAGCUGUGUGCCCCCUUUGGUUCUGGAAACCCCACGUACAGCCAGCAAAAAUGGCCUUGGACCACAGCCUUCCUGUUCCCAGCAAGCCUCCACAGGCUCCAAGAUGGCAGACAGAGUCCUUCUUAGAUCCUAGGUGGUAGGCACUUGCUUGUAAGCAAGUGCCUCCCAUUCCUGAGUUCCUGCAGGGAGUUUGGUUGUAAAGAAGAGGGAUGGGUUUGUCCAUCUAUUCUACCAAAAUUUAUUCAGCCCAGCUGUUGGCCAGGGUCAGGGUCACAUGUUGAGAUACACCAGCAAGCAAAACAUAGUCAUGUCUUUGCUGGAACUUUCAUAGCCCUGCCCCUCCUAGCCUUUCACCCCUAGAUCAGAUACAGUGUGACCCCCACAGUGCUGGCAUAAGCACACAACACAGACACCUCACCCAGGGUGGGAGUAGGAGGGUGGCAAAGGGGUUUCUCCAUGAAGCUCCUUGAGGGAAGUUGACCUCUGAGCUGAACCUAAAGGAUGGGCAUUUAGUGAAGUGAAUGCAAGGUGGCCAAGGGAGGAUCCAGGCUGAGGGCAAACCAUAUGUAAAGGCCCAGAGACAAGAAUUAAUACGAUUCAGGGAUUUGUCCUAGUCCACUUGGGCAGCUAUCACAACAUAUCCUAGACUGGGUAAUUUAUAAAUAAUAGAGAUGUAUUGCUCACAGUUCUAGACACUGGGAAGUCCAAGAUCAAGGCACCAGCAGAUUCAAUGUCUAGUAAAGGCCUGCUUUCUGCUUCGAAGAUGGUGCUUUCUCACUGCAUCCUCACAUGGCAGAAGGGGGCUGUACUUCAAGCUGUGGGCAAGCCCUUACCAUCGCCUCCGUGCAUCUGUCUUCCCCCCUGAACUGUGCAGAGCUGGGACCAAGCCUUCUUCAUCCUUGCCCGACACUCAGCUGCCCCAACACUUGGCCCAUACUUGGCGCCGUCAAGGCCUGUUUAUCUGAGUGUUCCUCGAGUGUCCUUCUGCUCUGGCUGGAGCCUGAAGAACCAUCCCUGGCCUCGGGGAAUUUUUACUCUAAAGUGGGAGAUAAGCAGCAGAGCACAGGCUCUUUACAAUGAAAAGCACUAUGGCCUUUGAGGGAUGGAGGUGGGAAGUCUGGGUUAAGCAAAGCUUUCCUGAAUAAGCUGCAAAAAUGGGCCUUGAUCCCUUUGUAGCUCAUAAGCAUGAUGAUUGGGUGUUCACGCACACGUGUGAGAUGUGCCUCCCUUAAACCUUGUUAAGGGUUGUUACCCGUGUGAUGGGAAAAAAAAGAAAAAGGAAACAAACCAAAAAACCGCAAAAAUAGGCCUUGCUAGAAGAAGGGCGUUUUGCAGAGCGGAGUUGGGGAAAAGGAGGGCCCUGGGCGGAGGUGUACUUGGUAGAGUCAAAGCAAACUGGGCAUUUGGGUGCAGUGCCAAGUGCCUGAUCUACUUUAUGUAGACUCAUCUAAUCCUUGCAAGAACACCAGCAACCAGAUACCAUAAUGUGAUGAAGGAAGCAAGCCUAGAAAACUUGCUUGACUUCACCAAGGCCACACAACUAGUAAGUGAUGAGCGCUGGUUGUGAACCCAGGCAGUUGACUCCAGAGCCCUCCCAGGAUGGGCAGCUCAUCCGCUUUGGCGGGCUGGUGAGAAAAGGAGGAAAUCAAAUUGGAGGGGGAGAUCAUGAAUCUUACAUGGCCUAAUUAAACUAUCUCCACCCUCCAGCAUUUCGUGCACAUAGUUUUAGGAUAGGGUUUCCCAAACUGGCAUGGCCUGGAGCAAGACGCUCAGGAAGACAUUCACAUUUCUUGUAGAGUGAAACAAGUGUGGGGAAUGCUCCGUUCCCUUCUCCCCAAGGUGCUUCACAGCGCUCACGAACAUCUGAAGAGCUCUCAGAAGUGGGAGGCAAAGGCAUCUCUUUCACCCAGGACUUCCAGCAUCUUGCCUACACCACGCUGUUUGCAGCGGCUCUGCAGCAUACUGCAGCGCUGUUCACAACGCCCAUGUGGGAUCACCGCUUAGAGAAGCAAAGAAAGCACUUUGGCAUAAAACGGGGUUUCCAUCCUCAUCGGCAUCAACCAGUGUCUGGGACAGGAACUGGCGGCCGCUGCGGCCUGGCUUCCCAGCUGCCGCCCGGGUCUGCCCCUCCUACACUGCAGCCCCGUACACCCCUCGCUGUGUGUGACCUUUGGAAAAGUUCCAUCUCUCCAAGCUUCAUGUUUCUCAUUUGUAUAAAAGGAAAAAGGUAUGAACACCCCCCUUGCAGGGUGUUAGGAGGAUUAAAUGGGCGGAAUAGGGUGUUUUUUUUCCCUUCUCCCCCGCCUAGAACAAAACCCAGGUUUCAGGUUGUCACGGUGGGCGCCGGGGGACCCUGGCCACGGGCUCCUCUCCGAGUUGCUGCGGACCGCCCCAACGCAGCUAGCGGAGAGGACGGGAGCCCGGAGUCACGCAGAAGCCAGGCUGGCCGGGGCUCGGGCCGCAGUGGAUACAGGGGCUGCCCCGUCCCGCGUCUCCCGCAGCCGGAUUGUGCCCGAGAGUCUCCCGGGUCUGGACUGGGCCUGGCGGCGUGGGAGGGGCAGUGCGGCGGGCGGCGCUUCCGGAGAGCGGGGCCUGCGCGCUGCUCUUCCCCGCGGAGCCCGCGCAGUCCGCGCAGCCCUCAUCGCAACUGGGCCCGCGCGCAGAUCCACCAAAGAGAAAGCAGCCCUGUGCCAGUUGCUCUGCCAGCCUUUCACAGGAGAAGUGUCACUAGAAUACUACAGCCCCCACAGGCUCUGCUCCACAGAAACUUAAGGCUGAAAGAGUGUCCGCCAUCAGGGACAUCCUCUGUCACUACGGCGGGAAGAGAACAUGGCCUUACAUAGGAAGUCUUCUAAAGAGCUGCCUGCCAGCUGCCCUUCCCCAGAUCCCGAAUAUCCUCCUGGCCAGGUGGAGCAGAGAACAGUUCCUCAGCUGGUCAUGCUGAGCUCAUACCCUGAUGGCUGCUCCAUGAGGUCAAGACUGGGUCUCCUCCCUCCUCCCCCUUCACCAAUGCCUGGUCUCACGGGGCUAGUUUUGACCCCCAUGCUAUGGCAUCAUCGACCUCCCUCCCAGCUCCUGGCUCUCGGCCUAAGAAGCCUCUAGGCAAGAUGGCUGACUGGUUCAGGCAGACCCUGCUGAAGAAACCCAAGAAGAGGCCCAACUCCCCAGAAAGCGCCUCCAGCGAUGCUUCACAGCCUACCUCACAGGACAGCCCACUACCCCCAAGCCUCAGCUCAGUCACGUCUCCCAGCCUGCCACCCACACAUACGAGUGACAGCGGCAGUAGUCGCUGGAGCAAAGACUAUGACGUCUGCGUGUGCCACAGUGAGGAAGACCUGGUGGCCGCCCAGGACCUGGUCUCCUACUUGGAAGGCAGCACUGCCAGCCUGCGCUGCUUCCUGCAACUCCGGGAUGCAACCCCAGGCGGCGCUAUCGUGUCCGAGCUGUGCCAGGCACUGAGCAGUAGUCACUGCCGGGUGCUGCUCAUCACGCCGGGCUUCCUUCAGGACCCCUGGUGCAAGUACCAGAUGCUGCAGGCCCUGACCGAGGCUCCAGGGGCCGAGGGCUGCACCAUCCCCCUGCUGUCGGGCCUCAGCAGAGCUGCCUACCCACCUGAGCUCCGAUUCAUGUACUACGUCGAUGGCAGGGGCCCUGAUGGUGGCUUUCGUCAAGUCAAAGAAGCUGUCAUGCGUUAUCUGCAGACACUCAGUUGACACUUGUUAUAUCCUGGGACCCCGGAAGUUGGAGUAAAGCUAGAAACAGAAAACCCAUGCAGGGCCUCGGAUUCCCACAGAUGUGACAAGAGGUAUAGGGAGUGAGUCGCAGCGCUUUGCUCGUGACCCUGGGAUCAGAGCACCCAUCAGGCUUCCAUUACUGUGGGCUCCCUAAGAAGACCAUGAAGAGCUUGGGGACUCCCCCAGGAAGGCCAUGAAGCUGGGGAUUCCCCCUAGGAAAGCCAUGAGGAAGCUGGGGACUCCCCAAGAAGGCCAUGAGGAAGCCAGAAAUUGGAGGUGGUACUGAUCAAUGAUGGCCAGCAGGACUCAUCUCCUGCGUAACUGGACAGGAAGCCUGGCACCCACUUCUGUCUUCCCCUGGAACUGGGCACUGGCGUACACUGGUAUCCCUCCUAAAGAAGUGACUCACCUGACUGAUCAGCAAGAAGCCUAGAUUGCAGGCCUCACCAUGGAUGGUCUUCCCAUUUGCCUGGGGGAAACCCUGGAAUGGGCGUCAGGAGAAAGCAACAAGAAUCCAGUCCUUCACACUCACACUACUCUGUUCCUCUUCCCAGAGACAUCGAUUCACUUCAGAAAGCUGUAGGGAAGAUGCAGUCAGCACUGCACUGUAUUUUUUAUUUAUUGCCUAGGUGCCAUUAAAGACACAAACCUAGAAGCCUAGAAGCCAUUCUGAAUAUGGGGGUGGGGUGGUGGAGGGAGCAAGUGAAGAGAUGGGAAUCCAGGGCUCAGGGUUCAACGCCUUCACCUGAGAUCACAAGCCCAUGGAUGCUGUGACAUCUGGGAGCUUCAUCAGUGGUCUGGCUAAAGCUGAUACUUUCACAGUCACCAUCUUCACCUUUGGACUGGGAAGAAUCACCAUUUUUCUUCUGGCAGAUGACUGUAUUCCUUAUAGGACAGGCAAGGUUUCAUUCAUCUGUUCUCAGUAAGUUUGUUGUUGAACUGAAAUGAAUUUCAUUAUUUCCUCCAAUGUGUACUUUUGUGCCCCCCUCUCACUUCUCCCUAUCAUGACCCCUCUUUUGCUGAAAAAAUUUUUAUUAUUUUUUCUAUCUCUAGUUCUAGAAAGAGAAAAUUUAUUUUUUAAAUUAUAAACUAUUUUGCCGGGCGCCAUGGCUCACACCUGUAAUCUCAGCACUUUGGGAGGCUGAGGCAGGUGGAUCAUCUGAGGUCAGGAGUUGAAGACCAGCCUGGCCAAUAUGGUGAAACCCUGUCUCUACUAAAAAAAAAAAAAAUCAGCUGGGUAUGGUGGCGGGGGCCUGUAAUCUCAACUACUCGGGAGGUUGAGGCAGGAGAAUUGCUUGAACCUGGGAGGUGGAGACUGCAGUGAGCCGAAAUCACGCCACUGCACUCCAGCCUGGGCAACUGAGCGAGACUCUGUCUCAAAAAAAAAAGGCCAGGCGUGGUGGCUCAUGCCUGUAAUCCUAGUACUUUGGGAGGCUGAGGUGGGCAGAACACAAGGUCAAGAGAUCGAGACCAUCCUGGCCAACAUGGUGAAACCCCAUCUCUACUAAAAAUACAAAAAUUAGCUGGGCGUGGUGGCGUGGGCCUGUAGUCCCAGCUACUCGGGAGGCUGAGGCAGGAGAAUUGCUUGAACCUGGGAGGCGGAAGUUGCAGUGAGCCGAUAUCGCACCACCGCACUCCAGCCUGGGUGACAGAGUGAGACUCCAUCUCAAAAAAAAGAAAAAAAGAUUAUUUUAUUAUGCACAAAAGGAUUAACAAAUAUGUCCACUCAUGUGCCUACCACCCAGUUUAAGAAGCAAAACCUUAUCAUCCCUUAUAGUGGUCCCUUUGUGCCCUGAAUUGCAGUCUCCCCUUCCCCCACCAGAAAUAACCAGCAUUUUGAAUUUUGAACUUCUUGCUUUUAGCUUUUCUCUAUACAUUUACUACAUAUGUAUGCACCUCCACCAGCAUACUGUGUACUUUUACAUGGUUUUAUAUUUUAUGUAAACAGCGUUACAGCGUUUGUAUUCUGCAGAUUCCUUGUUCACCAAAUGUGAGAUUUAUCCAUGAGGAUGGAUGACAUGCCAGUUAUUAAUAAUACACUUUCAUCCCAUGAUGUAAAUAUGCCACCAUUUAGUUACACAUUCUUCUCCAAAUGGAUAUUUGGUGUUCCUAGGUUUUUGCUAUUAAAAACAAUGAGCCUCUGAACUUUUCUGUACAUUUUCACAAGCAAGAUUUUCUAGGAUUUAGCCUAGAACAUCCUGCUGGGGCUGGGCGUGGUGGCUCAUGCCUGUAAUCCUAACGCUUUGGGAGGCCGAGGCGGGCGCAUCACUUGAGGCCAGGCGUUUGAGACCAGCCUGGCCAACAUGGUGAAACCCUGUCUUUACUAAAAAUACAAAAAUUAGCCAGGCACGGUGGUGCAUGCCUGUAAUCCCAGCUACUUGGGAGGCUGAGGCAGGAGAAUUGCUUGAGCCUGGGAGGCAGAGGUUGCAGUGAGCUGAGAUAUCGCACCACUGCACUCUAGCCUGGGUGACAGAGUGAGACUCCGUCUCAAAAAAAAAAAAAAAAAAGAAUAUACAUACUAUUUUUCUACAAGAUGCCACAGUUUCUUCCAAAUUGGCUGUACCAAUUUAAGUUCCUACAAUUUGUGUUUAAGAGUUCCCACUUUUUCAUGUUCUUGCUAACACUUAGAGUUAUCAGAUUUUUAAAUGUUUGCUAAUCUGGUGGAUGAAAACUGGUAACCUAUUGUCAUUUUUUUUCUUUUCAUCAUUUUUAUGAAAAAAAAAUCAAGCAUAUACUGAAAGGAAGAAGUUUGAUGAAUCCCUAUGUGCCCGUCAGCUAGCUUCAACAAUGACCAACUCUGAGCUACUCUUUUAUCAAUAAUACCCUACUCAUAUCUCUCACUCCCCCCAAGAUCAUUUGAAGCAAAUCUCAGAAAUCACUUUAUUCCUAAAUAUUUAAAUAUGCAUCUCUAACUUAUUAAAAUUUUUUUGGUUUUGUUUUUUGUUUUUCUGAGACGGAAUUUCACUCUUGUUGCCCAGGCUAGAGUGCAAUGGCGCAAUCUUGGCUCACUGCAACCUCUGUCUCCCAGGUUCAAGUGAUUCUCCUGCCUAAGCCUGGGAUUACAGGCAUGCACCACCACACCCGGCUAAUUUUUGUAUUUUUAGUAGAGAUGGGGUUUCACCAUAUUGGCCAGGCUAGUCUUGAACUUCUAACUUCAGGUGAUCCACCUGCCUCGGCCUCCCAAAGUGCUGGGAUUACAGGCGUGAAGCACCACGCCCAGCCUAAAAUAAUAUUUUACCUUUUACUUUGUGCUUUUUGUGUUUUACUCAGGAAGUCCUCCCCUACAUCUGUAUUUUCUUCUGUAUUUCUUUUCAUAUUUAGGUCUUUAAUCCACCUGGAUUUUUUGUUUGGGUUUUUGUUGUUCUUUAGUCAAAGAUCCAAUUCUUUUUUCUAUUUAAAUAACCAUCAUUGACUGACUAGUCCAUCCUUACCCCACCCCUACUGAUUAUGAUGUCACUGCUGUCACAUAUUGUCAUACGUGGGGGGCUGUUACUGGGUUCUCCAGUCUCCUCCCUUUAUCUGUUUGUGUAUCUCUGUGCUGGUGCCACACUGGCUUGUUCACUGAUGUUUUUAAUAAGCCUGGACCAUUUGUAUGUCAAUUCUUCCUGCUCUUCUUAUCCAUCAAAAAUCACUUUAACUUUUCUUGUUCCUUUAUUCUUCCAUAUAAAUUGUUUAUUCAACCAUCAGGUUCCAGGAAAAAGCCUGUUAGUAUUUUCAUUGGACUUAUAUGGAAUUUAUAGAUUUUGAAAAAACAGGUAUUUUUAUGAGUCUUCCUAUUCAUAAAAAUAGUAUGUCUCCAUUUACUUAUGUCUUUAAGUGUAUUUCAAUAAAGCCUUCUAUCUUUUCCA